UUUUCUUCUUCUUCUUCUUCUUUUAAAUCUUUUGCUUUUUAUGCACAACCCACCAAAAUAAAUAGGCAGCCACAUCCACAUCCACAGCUUCUCACAAUCCCAAAAACAUUCAGCACAAAAUCCGACAAGCAGCACUGAAAACAUGAGUGAGCUUCUCUACUCGUCAUCAUCAUCCCUCCCCGCAUGGGAUCUCCCCAACCUCGGAUCAGUCUUCCAACAAGACUUCCCUACAGAUACUUGUGACGCCGUGGAAGAAUCGCCGGAGCAGAUUUUUGGGUCGCCGGAGAUGGAAUUCUCCGACGUCUCCACCGGCUACUUGGAAGACGCACUGAUCGAGUUCAGCGAGAGACACAAACGGAGACGUCUUUCGUUCUGCGUCGAUGAUCAAGCCAAAUUUUUGGACGAUAUUUCACAGAACAACUGGGGCCUGUCUGGCAAUUAUAGUUGCAUGAAUAGUCAGUUGGCUGCAGAUGAACAUAAGAGUGGAAUGGGGAACGUCGAAGAGGCAUUCUCUGACGUCAUCUUCGAAUCUCCGAACUCGUCGUCUUCUUCCGACAGAUCUGUUCAAGAAAAAUCUCCUGUUUAUCCAAAAGUGUCUCCGGAACCAACAUCCUCAUACACUGGGAAUAACGAGCAUAAGAAGACGAAGAAGAGAGUGGUGUAUCCAUUUGCAUUGGUGAAACCGGGAGGUGGAGAAGACGACGUAACCCUAAACGACAUAAACGAGAGGAUUCUGAUGCCGCCGACUCGGCCGGUUCGUCAUCCGGUCGGAGAUUUCGCAUAUCGGCCGUGCGUGUCGGCUCACGGUCCUGGUCUCUCGGGGAAAGCCGUCGUGGCUCUUACGAGGAUCCAAACCCAAGGGAGGGGUACAAUCACCAUCAUCAGAACAAAGGGGUGAACCCUGUAAUAAUGGUGUUUUACGUACUGGGGACGUCGUUGGGGGGAAAAAAACACGUUCAGAGCCAAUUUUAUCGUUGGUUUUUUUUUUUGACGAGUUUUAAAUGUUUUUAUGUUUAGAAACUUUGUAUAGAAAGUUGGUCGAGGUUAUUGUAUGAUAUUGGGUGAUGGGGAUAAAAUAUGUGAUAAUUUUUCCCCUCUA